AUGACACAUUCUGGAAAGGACAGCGCAUCCAUGCGGGAGGACGAGCGGCACCGCGCCAGCGAGCUGAACGCGCACGGCCCCACGGUGCGCGGGUGGCAGUCGGCGCGCUGCUGCAGCUACCCGCAGGAGCUGGUGCUCGAGCUGCAUGCCGUCGCCACCGUGCAGCGCAUCCAGGUGCUCGCGCACCAGUACCUCAUC